AUGAGUCACUAUAUAAAGCCAUCAGCACUGCAAGAGGUCAGACCUCUGCAUGUUAGGACUGUAGAAGCAUUACAAUCUGAGGAGAGAGAAAACUAAAAAUGCCUCGGCUGUUUAUGUGGCACACCACUUCAACUGAAAUAAAGAAAUGCGAGAUUUCAGACAGCAAAGAUCACCGCAAGAAGACGAAGGCUUUGGGUGUGGAAGCGAAAAAUUAUUUGAUGGGUCUUGUGCCAUCCAUUGAAUCAGCUGACAUGAAAUAUUCCAGCUCAAGAGAUGUAAUGCUUUCUGCAAAAGAAGUCAUCCAGUGGUCCCAGUCUCUAGAAAAGCUUCUGGCAAACCAGUGUGGUCAAGAGGCAUUCAGAGAAUUUUUGAAAUCAGAAUUCAGUGAUGAAAACAUUGAGUUUUGGCUGGCAUGUGAAGAUUACAAGAAAACACAGGCUGAUUGUUUGCAUGACAAAGCAGAAAAGAUUUAUCAAGAGUUUGUCCAGUCAGAUGCUAGAAAACAAGUCAACAUUGACUUUCACAUAAGAAAAUCUGUAGCUAAGGAGGUUCAAGAUCCCACACCUUCAAGUUUUGAUGAGGCUCAGAGACUUGUGUAUGUAUUGAUGGAGAGAGACUCUUAUCCGAGAUUCCUUAAAUCUCAACUCUACCAUAACCUUCUAAACAAGGUUGAAAGCAACUAUCUCAAGUGAGAACUGAGGAUCAGCUGUGAAGCUUCAAGUGUGGCUGUGCUUCAGUACACCAGUUGAUUGUUGGAACUGGGAUGGAAAGGAAAUGAUGGAACUAUCAAACAAGAGACAGUCUGCAAUCUAGCAAGAUGAGUUGCCUGGAACAUACUUUUAUAAGAAGAAAGAAGACAGAAUAAAAGGAAAGAGAGACAAUACUGCCUUGGUCAUAUCUUACUAAUAUUCUUGCAGGUCACACUUGUUGUGAGAAAAGUUCUGAGUUUGAUUGCACAUCUCUCAAGACUAAUUUUAGGCAGUUCACAUUAUGUGCAUUAUUUCCUUCUUCAGCAUUUGAUUUUGCAGAGCUAAAUGUAUGAACAGAUUCCCUUGAAAGGUAUUGCUUGUGAGAUAUAAUGAGUAUAAUAAGUGCAAAGCUGUGCUUUCAUUUUCUGCUCCAUGGCUCAGGCAAAUUGAUGCAAAUCAUACUUGCAUAGAUUCAAGAGAUAAACGUGUAUAUAUGAACAAUUCCCAAGUUGAUCUAGGCUCCACAAGUAAGUUUUGAAUUUAGCACAAAUCAUUAUCAGAUAUUGCAUUAUUUAUGCAUGAGGAAUGUUAGGAAAUAGAAUAUCGUACAACAAGAGAAUUCUGUCAUGGUCACUAAGAGUUGACAUUAGCUUGAUGGCAUAUAAUCAAUCAGAAAUCUUGAUCAAAGGAUUUGGAAACCAACCUGGUAUUCACAAAUUAUAGAAUCCUGACUGUUGCAUUUGGCAAUCAACCACAGAUUUUUCCUCCCAGGGCAGCAAAACCAGGGAGUUUUUCAAGCAUAUAACAGGUUAUAAUAGGGGCAAUUUGUUGGGCUGCAAGUUGUAUAAUGGUGUGUUAAAUCUACCCAUAGUACAGUAAGUGGCCAUCUCUAGAGACACAAAAGCCUACAGCCAGGCAGUAAGUGACCCUUUAUGCACUGCUUCAAAAGAAAAAAGGGGAAGUGCAUCAUCCCAAAAAGGGACAGGAGAGGGUACGGAUCUGAGAUACAUAUAUACAUGCAUGCUAUAAUUUAAUGAAAUAUUUCUGUUAGUGACAUGUGCGCUCGCGCAAUCUGCUUUGUGGAUUGUUGAUGCUGCUGAGUUAUUUCAAGGCUCCUGCUCUUCCUUCUAAGGGUUCUUCCUCUUUCAAGAAGAUUUGGACUGGACAGUCCUUCAAAUAGAGGAUACCUUCAAAGACAGGUCUGGCCUCUGUAAAAUCAGACACAUGGCCUCAUUCCCAAGAACUCCUCCAUCUCACUCCCUGCAAAGCUGAACUGUGAUUUAUUUAUUUGUUCUUCUACUGGCAGAGCUCUGAAUUCAAACAAUACCAGACUGAUAUAUUUCCAGCUAGUCUUACUGGGUUUUUUUGCAGCUGAUUAAGGGUCAAGUAGUGGAGGUAUGGCCCAUCAGAACCUUGCCACUCAUUUGGUUCAAAUCCACAUAGUCUCAU